GUUAUUUAAUAAAGUGGCUUCCCCCUCCCUUUUCCCCAAUUAAACCUCCAGGCCUGAGGACCAUGUUCAGAAGCACGUUUUGUCCGUGGAACAUUUGCCCUUCCCCCAUUGCACGGCUGAGCAAAAGUCCCGGGGAUGAGGAAAUUCAAACAUCUCCCAGGAAACAUCCCCCCUCCCCCAACCCGCGCAGGAGAGAGCCCGGGUGAGGGGGGCAGGCCACGAUGGAGUCCGGUCCCGGCCCGAGAGCGAGGCGCGGCUUGGGCCCAACCGCAGGCGCCCUCCUCCCCUCCCGGGCGGGCGCCGCUCCGGCCCCGAAGACUUUCCGCCCCCAUCCUCGCUGGCCGGCUGCACGAGAGCCGCGGCGUUCCAGGCGCGAUAGUCACCAUGGAGACGGUGACGUCACAGAGGCAUAGUGAUACAGGAGGUUUGGGGCGCGGCGGCGAGGGACCCGUUGCUAGGAGACGCCGGGAGCGAAACCAGCCGUUGGCAGGCAUCCCACGCCGCCGCUUCCGCUGUCCCCGGGAGCCUGGACACGCCGUUCUGUCCUGUCCUGUCCUGCCUGUCCUGUCCCCGCGCCGCCAUCCCUGGGCCCUGGCAGCCUUCGUCAUCCGCCUGGGCGCCGAGCCCUUGUUUGGCACUCAGCGCCGCAUUCCUGCCAGAACUCAUCCCCCGCAAGGGACAGGACGUCCAGGGAGUUGGGUUCGAAUGCUGCCUCUGCCUCAUGCUGGCCGUGUGUCCCAGGGCAAGUCACUCGUCCUCUGUGGGCCUCAGUGGCCCCAUCUGCUAAAGGAGCAGGCUGGAGGAUAGGAUACUAGCCGGAGGGGACCUUGAGCUCCAUCCGGCCCAUUUUACAGGAGCGGUGAACUGACCACCCAGGUCUGCGGAAAGUUCCAGAAUUUCUGCCAGCUUUGGCCCUGUUUUAUGAUUUAUUGACAAAGGAGAGGAGACGGCAGGCUCCCCCAGCAGGAAGAGGGCCCUCCCGUCCAGAGCACUGAAAAGCACACUCUGGGCACGCUCAGCCUGGGGAGCUCGGACUUCUUCUGUCUGGGCAUGAUGUGAAUGCGGCUGGAGCUGGUAAAGUGCACGGUGCCCAGAAGAAGCCACCCAAGACGGUGGAGAGCCCCAAGCCCGGACCACAUGAGGAUGGGUAGGUGCUUAAAAAAACUAGGGAGGGUGAAGCUGGAGAAGACAAACGUCCAGGACCAUGUUCACAUUCGCCAAGCAUCUGCGGGCUUUCGUCUCCAACAUGACUGAACUUUUCUGGUCGGUCCCCUGCUCCGGAGGAAUGGGGAGGAAUUUCAGAAAGAGAUUUAGGUUUGACGUCAAAGCAAAAGUUCCCCCAGUCCCAGCUGUCCCAGAGUGGAAUGGGCUGUCCUGGGAGGCGGUAGGCUCCCCUCACCGGGGGUCUUCAAACCAAGGCAGAUUGACCUUGUGUGGGCACGUUCUGGAGGGAAUUCCAACUUCCAGCCCUGGGUAAUCUCUUACAACUCCAAUAUACUGUGAUCUUGUUAAUACAUCCAUGAUUUCCUCCUGGGGGAGCUCCUUCGACCUAUAUGUGUGGCAAUCCUCAAUAACUUAAAGAAUAAGUCCUAGAGACUUGCCCGAGGCUCAUUUGAAGGAAUUUGCCCAAUAUGUCAAGGACUUCUGAUAUCCUCUUUAUGGGACAUUGGGUGUGGAAAUUCCCCUUGACAUGCCUAGAAUUUAGAGUCUUAAAGAGCCACCAAACAUUUACUGAUAACAAAUCAUAAGGAAAUUUAUUUUAAAACAAUUCUUUGGUGUAUAUACAAUUUUACCAUUUAUUAAAGACGAAAGCAAAUUUGCCUACUAAUGA